AUGCACUCACGCGCCCUGAUCAGUCUGGCGCUGACCUUCUUCUUCGCCCUCGCCGCAGCCGCCAACGAACGGAGCAUCGACGUCUUCGCAUGGCCUCUAUCCGCCUCAAAACCGCAGACCCUCGCGAAGGUCUCGUUCACCGCCAACAACGCCUCCGUCAAGAGCUUCACCACACCCUCAAUACCAAGCGCAGACGACAUUGUACGCGUCGGGUUCUAUCACCCCACUGGAAAGUGGUCCGGCGUCGCUACGGCCGCGUCCAACUUGGCGCCGGAAAAGUCCAAGAAGCUUCAGCUGCACGUGCGGCCUGAUGGCGAGCUCUAUCAUGUGGGCUUCAAGGCAGCGGAUGGAGUGAGUCAAGGAAAGGGUGCAAGCACGAAGGAUGGAUUAUCAGUGGAGGUGGUGAAGAUCAGGCCAGGGCCGGUGCCUCACCUGAACAAGCCUGUGGUCGUCAGCGAAGAUGGUUCAGUUGAGGACAAAGAGCCUGAGAAGUCGUUCUUGCAGAAGUAAGCAUAUCAUAAGAUACCCUUUGGGUACAGCCCGAGCUAAUCUGUCACAGAUACUGGUGGGCCAUUGCCCUUUUCCUCUUGUUGCAAGUCUUUAUGGGCGGAGGCCAGAAGGAGUGA